UACGUUUAGCUAGAGUGGUCAUUUUUGCGCCUCACAAAAACCCUAACUUAAACCCUUAAACACAAAUCCAAAACCCUUUCUUACACAAUAAAAACCCAAUUCAUUUCUCACUUUCUUUCUUCUUCGAUCAAAUUCAUUUCUCUUCAUAACUAAUCAAAAGAUCCGCCGAUCAUGGCCGCCGUCGCUCUUCUCCGCAAUUUGCGACGCCGUGAUGUCGCCGCCGCCCCUAUCUCUGCCUAUAAAUGUUUGACUGGCAAUGUGAAACCAUCAUGGAGUCCUUCUAAUCUAGGUCAUAAUUGGGCAAGAGCUUUCAGUGCAAAACCUGCUGGUAAUGACGUUAUUGGUAUCGACUUGGGUACUACCAAUUCGUGUGUUGCUGUCAUGGAGGGAAAGACUCCAAAAGUCAUUGAAAACUCUGAAGGAUCUAGGACGACACCUUCGGUGGUUGCCUUCAACCAGAAGGGGGAGCUUCUAGUUGGUACUCCGGCAAAACGUCAAGCAGUAACCAAUCCUACCAAUACAGUUUUUGGAACUAAGCGUCUAAUUGGUAGAAAGUUUGAUGAUCCUCAGACCCAAAAAGAGAUGAAAAUGGUUCCAUAUAAGAUAGUUAGGGCUUCAAAUGGAGAUGCGUGGGUUGAGUCCAAUGGACAGCAGUAUUCUCCUAGUCAGGUCGGUGCUUUCAUCUUGACCAAGAUGAAAGAAACUGCUGAGGCUUACCUUGGAAAGACGAUCACAAAAGCUGUUGUCACUGUGCCAGCUUAUUUCAAUGAUGCCCAACGACAAGCCACGAAGGAUGCUGGCAGAAUUUCUGGACUUGAUGUGCAGAGAAUUAUCAAUGAGCCCACUGCUGCUGCGCUAUCCUAUGGAAUGAACAACAAGGAGGGUUUGAUUGCAGUUUUUGAUCUUGGAGGUGGGACAUUUGAUGUUUCUAUUUUGGAAAUCUCUAACGGUGUAUUUGAGGUGAAAGCAACAAAUGGCGACACAUUUUUGGGAGGAGAGGAUUUUGAUAAUACUUUGUUGGAGUAUCUAGUUAGUGAGUUCAAGUCAACCGAGGGCAUUGAUCUCACUAAGGACAGGCUAGCUCUGCAAAGGCUUCGUGAAGCUGCAGAGAAAGCCAAGAUAGAGCUGUCUUCGACUGCCCAAACUGAGAUCAAUUUGCCAUUCAUCACAGCUGAUGCAUCUGGCGCAAAGCAUCUAAACAUUACGCUGACCAGAUCUAAAUUUGAAAGUUUGGUGAAUCAUUUGAUUGAGAGGACCAGAGACCCGUGCAAGAACUGUUUGAAGGAUGCUGGCAUUUCCACUAAGGAUGUUGAUGAGGUUUUGCUUGUCGGAGGUAUGACCCGUGUUCCCAAGGUUCAAGAGAUAGUUUCAGAGAUCUUUAAAAAGAGUCCAAGCAAAGGAGUCAACCCUGAUGAGGCUGUUGCAAUGGGAGCUGCAAUUCAGGGUGGAAUUCUUCGCGGAGAUGUGAAGGAAUUGCUUCUUUUGGAUGUCACUCCUCUCUCACUUGGUAUUGAGACCCUUGGUGGUAUAUUCACAAGGUUGAUCAAUAGAAACACAACAAUUCCUACUAAGAAGAGUCAGGUGUUUUCUACAGCAGCUGAUAACCAAACCCAGGUUGGUAUUAAGGUGCUCCAAGGUGAGCGUGAAAUGUCAUCCGACAACAAGCUUUUGGGCGAGUUUGAACUUGUUGGUGUUCCACCAGCACCGAGAGGCAUGCCUCAGAUUGAGGUCACUUUCGACAUUGAUGCCAAUGGUAUAGUCACUGUAUCCGCGAAGGAUAAAUCCACCGGAAAAGAACAGCAGAUCACCAUCCGAUCAUCUGGUGGUCUCUCGGAAGAUGAAAUUGAGAAGAUGGUUAAGGAGGCAGAGCUAUUUUCUCAAAAAGACCAGGAAAGAAAAGCUUUAAUCGACAUUAGGAACAGCGCAGACACCACAAUUUACAGCAUUGAGAAAAGUUUGAAUGAGUACAGAGAGAAGAUCCCUGCCGAAGUCGCCAAGGAGAUUGAGGAUGCUGUUAAAGACUUGAGGAAUGCAAUGGCCGGAGAUAAUGCCGAAGAGAUCAAAUCCAAACUCGAUGUUGCAAACAAGGCAGUAUCAAAGAUCGGCGAGCAUAUGGCCAAGAGCAGUGGUGGCGGUGAUGCAUCUGGAGGCUCUCAAGGCGGUGGCGACCAGGCUGCUCCCGAGGCAGAGUACGAGGAAGUGAAGAAGUGAGCAUGCGAAGUCGACAACUCCGACUUGAAGCACGUUUAAGCUGGAUCUUCUAAAUUUGAUCGUCUUUUAGGGUAUAUGGUUUCUAGCGGUUUUGUAUCUAAACAGUGGAGGUUGAAUGUAUUAGGCAGUCCUUUUUUGUUCAUUUGAAACUGCAGAUGAAGGGUGAGCCCUAUUUUAGUUAUAUCAUCAAUAACCAAAUUUUUUUAA